CCGGUCAACUUCAGCCAUCCAUCUCUCCUCCGUCAUCUUUCUACCCAACGUCUUAACAAGACUGACAUGUCACCAGCUCACUCUCAUAAAAGGGCUUUCUGCGACUCUGACGAGGUGAGUGGAUGCGAAUCAACAGUCUGCAGCGGAGCAUCACUGAGACUAUUUGCCCCGCCCUUGCUAGUCUGAUUCUGGUUGCGGCGACGAUCCCCAGGAACUCGCCGCAAAGCAACGAUGUGUGCGAGACGAUUCGACCAAGGACCACUCCAGCGGCGAAGCUCAGCAUACGAGUGACUCUCGGCAACCGACAGACAUCAUGAGGCGAAUGUCAUCCUCCUCAGCAGUCAACCAGCCAGAAGCCUCGAAGGAUGAGAGAUCGGAUAUGAAGAGUACUCAAAAAGGCAACGGCCAAAGCGUUGGUUCGGUCGAGCCUGUGGCAAACAUGACUGGCCACUCAGAGACUCCUGGCUCUCACACAAAUGGCCCGUCAUCGGACAUUGCCCUCGACGGUGAAGCGACUGUACCUGACAAGAACAUGCAAUCUUUGAUCGACACAAUGGUGCACUGUCAAGCCUUGCUGAAGACGACGAUGGCACAAUACAAAGGCUUCGCUGAGGACAUGCUUGCAACUGUCAAGAAAGAGAACGAACACGAGGUCACUCAAGAAAGGACCAGGGCUGAGGUAGCGCUGGCGGAUCUCGCAAUGUCGAAAUUGCAGCGAGAAAAGGAUAUCAAGGGCCACAUGGAAAGGAUCAACGAACUUCAGGAGGCCCUGGACACGAAGACCAGAGAAGCGAGUCAGGCGGCGAAGGCUCUCGAAUCCGCGAACAACAAGGUCGAGGGACUACAGUUCAGUUUGGAAGCCGCGGCCAAGAAGGGCUUGGGCCACCAAAGUCACGCCAAGAGAGUAGCGAGAGAGAAGGAGGAGUUGAGAGACAAGGCGGAGUCGGAUAAGCGAUCCUUUGAGAGGGAUCUGGCCAGCCGUAUGGUACGAAUAAAGUCGCUCGAAGCGACUAUCGAAACCAUGAAGCGGCAGAAGGAGAGGGAGAUCAAGGGCUUCCGGAGAAGAAAAAAAGGCUGGAAGAGCUUCUGGCAGAGAUAGACAAAGAGUUCAAGACGCUCAAGAAGGCACCCAGCAAGGAGGCAGACGACGCACCUAGUGAGAGCAAUGAGAUCGAAAUCUCCGGACUACAGCGUAGACCUUAAUGGCUGGAGAUUCACAUGGUUCGGUAGGAUCACCGUGAGAGUAGCCUACUCGAAGUGAGGCUCGCCGGAAUUGACCUCGCUUCAUCGGCGACGGAAGCCGAAUGGAUGACACCGAGCAAGGCCAAUGUCGAGCAAGAUACUGGGGACAAGGGGAGUCUUACGAGUCUCAUGCCCGGCUGGGAGGUGACGAUUCGAGCA